AUGCAGUACUACUCCAGCCUGCCGGAGGGAACUCUUCCGAUUGUCGAUGAUGAUGAGACCAUCCCGUACCCUGCGUGUUCGGCGUCGACUGUGGCCGAGAUGGGAAGGGACGGCCCUUCAUCGAUGGUUGCUCGCCAAAACCUCGAGAUCAUGGCUCUCAAGGAACGCAUACGCGUUUUGGAGGAGGAGAAAAGGUGGUUGGAGUGGCGUCUCCAUAAAACUUGCAUCAAGUGCCGUGAAUGCCCGUGCCGCAGACAGGAGGAAGUGAAAAGACAGGCUCUCGAUCUAUGUGAACUCCAGAAGGAUGAGGAGCUCGUCAUAAUGGAUGUGGGGGAGGAGGGUCUGGUCCGUCACCAGUCUCGAAGCUUCCUCUUCUCCUGGCCACUCACGACUGAAGAUGAUGAUGACGAGAAGGCUAAGAGCCGUGCCGCUUCCAUGGUUGUUGAAAUCAACAAGGGGAAGACUCUGCACUACUUCUCAAUCUUCGUUGGCCACCCCGACCAGCAUCCAUCAUCGGGUCGGCGGCUCAUCCACUGCUUGUUGAAGUACGGUACGCCCACUCGGUGGAAGCAGCUCUCUGAUACACUCCGCGACGGGUACCAGAUCGUUGCGUCGAUUCGCUGCGCUCUUCCCAAGACCGGCUUCAAGGCCUGUAUGUACCCCGCCCUCUACGUGCACUGCCUCCACUCCAUCGACUCCAAGCCCUACCUUUCCUCUGCUCAUCCCUCCCCGAGGAGCUUCAUCCGAUCAGGGAAGGGGCCGGGCGCCAAGACUAGAACUGUCCGUGCUCCGGAGGAUGGCGAUGUUGGGGAGGGUGCGGUAUGUUGCAAUGCAGUGGAGGGAUAUGUUGGUAAGGGUGGAACGAAGGCCGUGAGCUUCGGCGAAGGCAUGCAAUGCUCGAGUGGAAAGCCGAGAAGUGGGGUGGAAGGUGAGGACAGGAUGGAUAAGGUCGAAGGCUGCCUCGAGGAAGAAUGCAGUUGUGAAAGUCCUAGUCUGUGGUUGAGGAGAAUAUCGCGUUUGGUGAUGCACAACUUGGGGGAAGAGGGAGCUCAACAGCUGAGAGAGGACAUAAUAGAGAAUAUCGAGGAGGGACGGUCGAGUAAGACGAACGUGGUGAUUUAUGGUGUGCCCUUCAGUGGCAAGGCUGCUAUACUGCGACCCCUGGCUCAAAUUCUGAAGUGCGCUAAGGUUUCCAAGAAGGGCAAGCUCUCACUGAAGGGGCUAUCCGACUGCGAGUGCAUCUUGUUCAAUCAAUUCUCUUUGGAGCAUCUGGGCGACGGUUUGGACUUGGAGACGCUCCUCAGCCUCCUUGAAGGCCGCCCUGUUGAGGUGAAUAAUACCACCACUUUCGACGAGUUGGUACCAAUAUUUAUCACUUGUAAUUCGCUCCCUGAGCCACAAGGAGAACGACAUAGGAACGCCCUCCGUGAAAGGCUAGGACGAUGUCAUUACUUCCCACACAAGUUGGAGAGGGAUGAGAGGGAAAAACCCAUCAAACCCUGCUGCCGUUGCUUCGCUGAUUGGCUUCUCACCGAACGAUACCGUAACACAGACAAAGCAUGA